AUGACAAACGAUAUCGAGCUUGAGCGGCUGCGCGGAUCCCUCGUUAGUCCGUCAGACGCACCAGCAUGGAGAAACCAGAUCCAUCGGAGAAUUCGCAAAGCAAAUGCCUACCACACAAUACAAAACGAUCAUAUCAACCGACUCAUCCAAGUGGCGGAGGAUCCAACUGCAGCACGACUAUUAGACGAUGAACCAAGCACGUCAGCUUUUCAUAUCAAAGCUGCCAUCUAUACUUCCAUAUAUGGCACUAUACUCGUCGCAGCACUGCAAAUAUAUGCAGCUGCGACGACACGCUCACUGUCACUCUUCGUUACCAUGGCAGAGAGCUGCUGCGAGGCAGUGAGCAAUAUCGGUCUCGACUACCUUCACAGAAAAUCCAAGAAGCUCAACCAUUCGACCCGGUGGCCAGCGGGCGCAAGCAGACUUUGUAAUGCCGGUAACAUCUGCUUCGCAUUUGCCCUGAUGGCCGUUUCUCUGGUGCUGGUCGUUGAGUCGAUCCGCGCGCUGGCAAGUCCCGAACACGAGCUUGGCACAUUCCACGUGGCAGCCAUUAUUGCCGCCGCGUGCGGAUUCGGCAUCAAGCUCUUCUUGGCUGUCUACUGCUUCAUCUUUCGGAAGCAUAGUAGUCAAUUGCAGAUGCUUUGGGAGGACAAUCGUAACGACUGUUUCGAGUAUGGAUUUGCUAUUUUUACAUCUGCGGCUGGUGCCAAGUUGAAAUGGUGGGUUGAUCCGGCCGGUGCCAUGUUCAUCGCCUUGGUCAUCAUCGCCACCUGGGUUGGCACUGUUCGUUCGGAGUUCCUGGAGCUCUGCGGAGUAGGAGCUGAGCCCAGCGUAGUGCAGGAAAUCGUGUUCAUUACUCUUCGUCAUUCGGAUUUGAUAUUGCAGGUGGAUUCGGUCCAUGCAUAUCAUUGGGGUGAGGAGUUGUUUGUCGAGGUGGACAUUGUCAUGGACCCUGAUCGUAGCCUUCGCGAGGUCCAUGAUAUCGCGCAAGAGCUACAAGACAAGCUCGAGACGGUCGAAGGCUUUGCUCGAGCCUUUGUCCAUGUUGACUAUGAAGUAUCGCAUAUGCCCGAGCACCGCAAAACGCGCUAA